UUGAACACCACGUACAGGGUGUGGUAAGCAGCUCUCCGUGCAGUUAUAAAGUCCCCUUUGUGCGUCUGUCCACGCACCGCUCUAACCAUGUUUCCUUCAGUUGAUGGUCGCCUUACUAUCCUCGCCGUCUUACCUGCUUCUGUUGUUAUCAUCACAUCCCUCAGGAGGUUCAUUAGGAACCGACAGAACAAACUUCCCCCCGGUCCCGUGCCGCUCCCACUGUUAGGAAAUUUCUUGUCUCUCGACGCCAAGGCGCCAUGGUUGACUUAUACCGAAUGGGCUGCUACUUAUGGAGAUUUCUUUCUCGUGCGACUUCUGGACCAGGAUGCCGUAGUGAUCAGCUCUCAGCACGUUGCAGAAGCCUUAAUGGACAAGCGUGGUCGCAUUUACUCUGAUCGUCCAUAUUUAGCCACAGUCGAGCCAUUUGGUUGGUCGGUCUUCUUUGUACUCACAGGCUAUGGUGACGAAUGGCGUCUUUGUCGACGACUCAUCCACCAAACUUUCCGUCCCGACUCUGCGCUCAAGUUUCGUCCAAUGCAAAUCAAGCAGGCUGGUGAAAUGAUCGUCAAUCUAAUCGAUGACCCUCACCAUUACCAUUCUCACUUUGCAACGUUCUCGUCAUCUGUUGCGAUGUCAACGACCUACGGCUACCAAACCAGUCCUCGUGAUGAUCCUCUGGUUCGAAUCGUAGAAAAUGCACUGGCUGUUGGCAUUGCAGUGGUGACCCCGGAGAGAGCAGCUCUGCUCAAGGCUUUCUCCUUUUUACUGAAGUUACCUGACUGGUGUUGGGGAUCCUCAAUCAAACGCGAUGCUCGAACGUCGGCCAAUCGCAUGAGAGAAAUGACCGACGUGCCGUUCCAAUAUGCGCAGGACCAUAUGGCUGAAAAUUUGUCCCUCGACCAGGUUUCAAUGGUAUCAGACAAUUUGCAACGAAUGGAGAAGAUAGAUCAGGCAUCAAAACCCAUGUUCAAGACUGCCUUAAAGAAAGCAGCGACUACUGCUAUUAUAGGUGCAUACGAGACAACCACGUCGAUCUUGAUGAUUUUUUCUCUCGCCAUGGUAUUGUAUCCAGAUGUUCAGAGACGCGCACAAGCAGAGAUCGACUCAGUGGUUGGGCUGGAUCGCUUACCCACCUUUGAGGACAGACCGUCACUACCAUAUAUCGAAUCAGUUUUUCGGGAGACUUUGCGAUGGCAGCCUAUCGGACCCCUUGGCGUUGCACAUGCCAGUAUGAGUGAUGAUACAUAUAAUGGUUAUUUCAUUCCGAAAGGAACAACCAUCAUGUGGAAUACAUGGGGCAUUACACGAGAUGAAAAGCGGUACCCUGAUGCAUCUCGUUUUAUGCCGGAAAGGUUCCUAGACGUCAACGGCGCAUUAACAGACGAUAACCCCGCUGGAUAUAUUUUUGGCUUUGGCCGGCGUGGAUGUCCAGGCCGGUAUGCUGCUGAUGCCUCUGUAUGGUCCGCCAUUGUUACUAUGUUGGCCACGGUAGAGUUUUCUUCUGCCAAAGACGAUCAGGGCAAAGUGAUCGAAUUCACCCCCCAAUUCACGAUGGGACUCUUCCGCUCCCCAAUGAUCUUCCCUUGCAAUAUCUCAUCACGCUCUCGUGCCCAUUCGGAACUUGUGAAUGUUUUCCGAACAGAAGUAUGAAAUGUUAUCUUAAGAAGAAAGGGAGAACGGUUUUCGGGAACGCACGGGCGCUCGCGUGGUUUUCGCGUAGGGCCAUGUGGUUUUCGCCUAGAUACGCUUAAGGCCACAUGGUUUUCGCUUACCUCGCUUACCUCGCUUAAACCUGUUUUUGGAAACUCGCGUGGCUUUGUCACGUGUUUUCGAGCGCCGACUCGAUUUCCGUUGCCCAUAACCAUUGGAGCAGCACACUACGCAGGAUUUUCCCUAUUGUAAUUGUUUAUGGUACAUACAUACAGUAAAUAAUAAAACUAAAAUGGAACAACA